AUGUUUGCAAGUGAAAAGUGGGUCAAUAGCAAGUGGGCAAAGGAUCGAAAAGGAACAAAGUGUAAUGACAUUAUUUUCACACCUGGUUUUUGGAGUAACGUUCUUUUCAGUCUCAAAGUGAUGGGCCUCAUAGUUCGAGUACUUCGUUUAGUGGACAAUGAGAAGAAACCCGCAAUGGGUUAUAUUUAUGAAGCUAUAAAGAGAGCAAAAACAACAAUAGCAAUGGCUUUAGGCGAGGAGAGCACCGACUACAUGAUGGUGUCAAGCAUAAUAGACAAAAGGUGGAAUUGUCAACUCCACUAUCCAUUACAUGCAGCGGGUUACUACCUUAAUACAGAGUUUUAUUGUACCAACCCGGACAUUGAGAAUAACAAAGAGGUCUCCGAUGGAUUGAUUGAGUGCAUUAAAAGGCUUAUCCCUAACAAGGAAAAACAAGAUAUUAUCAUGAAGGAAAUGGUGAUUUGGGUGAACCAAGAGGGCUCGUUUGGCUUAGAGAUGGCAAAGCGUGGAAUUGUUCCUCGGGAUGCAAAAGAAACUGGAGCACCUUUGAGCAUAUCCAUUCCAAGAAAAGAAACCGUUUGGAACACAAAAAGUUACAAGAUCUUGUUUGUAAGAUAUAACAAGACACUCCAAAAUCGUCGCGACAAGAAUGUUGCAUAUGAUCCAAUAUCAUUGGAUGAUAUUGACGAUUGUAACGAGUGGUUGGUUGGGAGGAUGGAAGAAUAUCAGGUGGAUGAAGAGACUGAAGAUGAAUCUGGGGUUGGAGAGGUGAGGCGGAGAAGAUCAUCAUAA